AUGGCAGAUGUUGAUCAUGAAGAAACCUUUGAAGGGGCUGAUGCUGGUGCAUCACAGACCUACCCCAUGCAGUGCAGCGCCCUUAGAAAGAACGGCUACGUUGUGUUGAAGGGGCGGCCUUGUAAAAUUGUGGAAAUGUCCACCUCCAAAACUGGCAAGCAUGGUCACGCUAAGGUUCACCUUAUUGGAAUUGAUUUGUUUACGGGCAAAAAGUAUGAAGAUAUAUGUCCAUCCACCCACAACAUGUCAGUGCCAGUUGUGGAGAGACAUGAUUAUCAGCUUGUGAGUAUUGAUGAUACCUUUAUGGCGAUGAUGAAUGACAUUGGUGAAACCCGUGAGGAUUUGAGGCUGCCAGACAGCGACUUAGGCAAGGAAAUUAAGGAAAAAUACGAGAAAGAUGAAACCUUUUGUAUCACGGUCUUGAAAGCUAUGGGUGAAGAAACACCUGUUGGCAUCAAAUCUGCCAAAGACUGA